CGGCUUUUUCCCCUCCGACCUCACCCAGCGGUCCUCCGAAGCCUAGUUUCCCCCACCUCUGCGCCGGGCCGGAGUGAGAAGUUCCGGACCCCGGACGCGGGCGGGGUCCAGGGUGUCGACGCCCCAGCUCGCUCUGCCUUGCCCCUGGGGCUUCAGCCGCCCCUGGGUGUGCAGAAUAUCAGAUGGCAUCUGGGGAUUUCUGCUCACCUGGAGAGGGGAUGGAAAUACUCCAACAAGUGUGCAGCAAACAGCUUCCUCCUUGUAACCUGAGUGAAGAGGACUUGUUACAGAACCCACACUUCAGCAAACUGCUGUUGAGUCUCUCACAACAUGUGGACGAGAGUGGCUUAAGUCUCUCCCUGGCAAAGGAGCAGGCUCAGGCAUGGAAGGAAGUUCGACUGCAUAAGACAACAUGGCUGAGGUCUGAGGUUUUACAUAGAGUAAUUCAAGAGCUGCUUGUGGACUACUAUGUGAAGAUACAAGAUACAAAUUUAACUUCUGAGGACAAAAAGUUUCAUGAGACCCUUGAACAGCGGCUACUUGUGACUGAACUAGCACAGCUCUUAGGUCCCAGCCAGGAGAGGGAGACUCCUCCACUGCUGGGACUGGAGAAAGCAGACCUCCUGGAGCGCAUGCCCCCCUCAGAGGAUUUUGUGUGGAUGAGAGCCCGGCUCCCACUUGAAGUGGAGGAGCAGCUCAAGAAGAAAUGUUUCACUCUGCUCUGCUACCAUGACCCCAAUUCAGAUUCAGACAGUGAAACCCUGAAGGCAGCAAAGGUAUGGAAACUGGCAGAGGUCCUGGUGAGUGAGAAGCAGCAGUGCCAGGAUGCCAAGAGUCAGCAGAAGGAGCAGAUGGUGCUGCUGGAGAAGAAGAGUGCUGCCUACUCCCAGGUGCUUCUCCGCUGCCUCGCCUUACUGCAGAGACUUCUUCAAGAGCACCGGCUAAAGACUCAGUCUGAGCUAGACCGCAUCAAUGCCCAGUACUUGGAAAUUAAGUGCAGUGCCAUGAUCCUUAAGCUGAGGAUGGAGGAGCUAAAGAUUCUGUCUGACACUUACACUGCUGAGAAAGUGGAAGUUCAUCGUCUCAUUAGGGACCGUUUGGAGGCAGCCAUUCAUCUACAAGAACAGGACGUGGAGAAGUCCCAACAGGUCCUAAACACCUAUGAGGUCCUUGGAGAGGAGUUUGACAGGCUGGUGAAAGAGUACACCCAACUCAAGCAAGCAACUGAGAACAAGCGCUGGGCGCUCCAGGAGUUCAGCAAGGCCUACUGCUGAACUUGGCUGGCCAGGAGGCAUGGCUUGUGCACUGGUGCUGCCUCCUCCUCUUCCUGCUAAAAGGAGCACCUCCGCCUGGGUUCGUCUUCACUUAAGGGCAUGCGGGAUGCUUGGUGGAAACACUGCAGUCAUUUGGGCACCCUUCUGGUUCCUCUUCCUGUUUACAAUGACUGAAUCUCUUCUGCAAAAUGUAUCUGAUUUAUAUAAUUUUAUGCACAGCUAUUUUUUCAGUGUCAACCCUUUAUUGUAUUUGAUUAUUUCCUGAAUAAAGUGAUACUAUUGAGUCUUCA